CAGGGUCUGACGUUGGAUCGUUGUCUUUUAGGGAUUUCCCGUGUCUCAGAGCUCCUGGGACCUCCGAAAUCAUUCAGGCCUCAGGAUUUCCUGCUGUGCCACAGCUAGCCUUGCUUCAGCGCCCUUGACUCUUGAGGAAUUUGGAUUUGCUACCAAGACACAUCAAGAAUAGACGACCAGAGGGGACAUGGCUGCUGAUACAAAUUUCCAACAAAAGAUCCAACCAAUGGGUGCAGAGGAGCAGCAUGGGUCAUGUGAGAGGUGGAUGUCCUUUGAAGAUGUGACUGUGACCUUUAGCCAGGAGGAAUGGCAGCAACUGGACUCUGCCCAGAGACUCCUGUACCAGGACGUGAUGCUGGAGAUCUACAGCCACCUCUUGGCAGUGGGGUAUCCUAUUCCCAGCCCUGGAGUCAUCUUUAGGAUGGAAAAAGGAAAGGAGACACAGGCAGGGAAGGCUGAAUUCCCAAACCAGCAGUGUCAAGAAAAAUCAGGAGUUGACACCCCACCACAGAAAGUAUGUGAGAAAGCGUCAGUUCACAGCGAUGUGGCAAGUGAAGUCAGAAGAGAUGGUUCAUGGUGUUCUCCUUUACAAGAGCUACGGCUGGGUGCUGAUAUUGCUAAGAGAGAGAAACAAAACCAUAUUUUACCUUUGCCUCCUGUCCUCAAGAAAACUCUGAGCACAAAUAGUGGUCAUGAAUAUCAAAAGCCUGGGAAAACCAUUCCUUUGGGACCCUACCUCAUUUCUACACAAGAGAAUCUUCCACAAUAUUGCUUACUUCCAAAAAGUUUGGAGCUAAACAUAGGAGCAAAUGGUCAGAAUGAAAGCUGUGUCACAGAACAGCUUAUUAACAUUGUUGCAUCCAGUCAGCUCCUGAUACAAGGCUCUUGUAAUGCUAACUGUGUGGUUACUCACGGAGAAGAAUCAUGCAGAAGUACUAGGAAUGGAGAAGUUCUCAGCCAUAAACAACAUGAAAACCAUCCUCAGGAGAAAGCAGGUCAAGGUUCUCAGUGUGGGGAGAUAGUCUAUGCCAUCUCUUUGCACAAGCCUGAGAUCACUCUCACUCUGGACAGACCUAUUGUUUCUUACAAUGGUGGCAAGGCCUUCCUUUACCUGUCAGAUUCAUCGAGUUAUCCAUUCCAGUUGAAGGUGGAUCAUCUAGUUCACACUGGAGGGGACCCUUACAAAUGCAGCAGCUGUGAGAAAUCCUUUUGUACUGAGGCUGCACUCCAAGAGCAUGAGCAGAUUCACACAGAAGAGAAGCCGUAUGUGUGUACACUGUGUGGAAAAGCCGUCAGAGACAGGUCAGCUUUCUAUGAGCAUGAAUUGAUUCACAAGAAUCACACGCCUUUUAUCUGUGACAAAUGUGGGAAGGCCUUCUUACGCAAGUCAGAGUUGACAUCUCAUAAACAAAGUCACAAUGGAGAGAAGCCUUACAAAUGCAAUGACUGUGGAAAAUCCUUUAAAUUUCCAUCCCAGCUGAAGGUGCAUCACCAAAGUCACACGGGUGAGAAGCCUUAUGAAUGCCGUGAGUGUGGAAAAUCAUUCAGUAAAACAGCCAAACUCAAGGUGCAUCAACGUAUUCACACAGGGGAGAAACCUUAUGUGUGUUCUCAGUGUGGAAAGGCCUUCAACCAGAAAUCAAUACUAGACAGGCAUGAAAAACUUCACCCUGGGGAGAAGCCUUAUAAAUGCAGUGACUGUGGGAAGUCAUUUAAUUAUCCAUCCCAACUAAAGGUGCAUUGCCAUAGUCAUACAGGGGAGAAGCCUUAUAAAUGCCACGAGUGUGGGAAAUCCUUUAAUUUUCCAUGUGAGUUGAAGGUACAUUAUCAGAACCACACAGGAGAGAAGCCUUACAAAUGCAAUGAAUGUUGGAAACUGUUCAGUAAAAUGUCCCAACUGAAGGCACAUUAUCGAGUCCACACGGGAGAGAGACCUUAUAAAUGCAGCCAUUGUGGAAAAGCCUUCUCAACUAAGGAACAAGUCCAAGAGCAUGAGCGAAUCCACACAGGAGAGAAGCCCUUUGUAUGCACUGAGUGUGGAAAAGCCUUCAGUAGCAGGUCAUCUUUCCGUAAACAUCAGUUAAUUCACACUAAAGAGAAGCCUUUUGUCUCUCAGAAGUGUGAGGCAGGCCUCCCGGGGUCUACUUUGACCCCCCAUCAGCAACUUAAUAUUGGUGAGAAGCCUUACAAAUGCCCUGACUGUGGAAAGUUGUUUAACUACCCAUCCCAACUGAAAUCACAUUAUCAAAUCCACACAGGAGAGAAGCCUUGUAAAUGUCUUGAUUGUGGGAAAUCAUUUAGUAAAACAUCUCAACUGAAGGCACAUUCUCGAAUUCACACUGGGGAGAGGCCUUAUGUGUGUUCUGUGUGUGGAAAGGCCUUCAAGCAAUUGUCAACAUUGAGCAGACAUGAAAAAAUUCACAUGGUUGAAAAGCCUUACAAAUGCAGUUUCUGUGGGAAAUCAUUUUGUUCUCCAUCUGAACUGAAGGUGCAUCUUCUAAUUCACACAGGAGAGAGACCUUACAAAUGCAGCAGCUGUUGGAAAGCCUUUUGUACUAAGGUCCAACUCCAAGAGCAUGAGCGAAUUCACACGGGAGAGAGACCUUAUGUGUGUACUCAUUGUGGGAAAACCUUUAGAAGCAGGUCAGUUUUCUCUAAACAUAAGUUGAUUCACAGGAAGGAGACACCUUUUGUGUGUGAGAGAUGUGGACAAGUGUUCUUACAGAAGUCAGAAUUGACAUCUCAUCUACAAACUCACACUGAGGACAAACCUUAGGAAUGUCAAGACUGGAAAAUCAUUUAGUCAGAUCACCAACUGAGGGGAUACCAUCAAAUUCACAUGGUGAAGAAGGCUUCCAGGUGUUGCGUCUGUGGGAAAGUCUUGGCUUCUAGUGCCCAACUCCGACAGCAUAAACAAAGGAAUUCACCCAUGAGGGAGACCUCUGUGGUCUGAAUGUGGGAAAGUCUUGAGUAGCAGGCAAACUUCAUAGACAUCACAUGCCUCAUACUAGGGUGAGAACUUUGUCUCUCACAAUGUGGGUCAGAUUUUGCAAUUUGUGAAAGAACUCACAUUGAAGAGGUUUUGGAAUGUCAUGAUUGGGAAAUCAUUCAAUACUAUAUCACAGAUCAGUCCUAUCAUCAGUUCUUGGGUGGGGAUUUCCUAUGUGUGCUGUGAGUGUAGGAAGGGUCUUAACAGGACAGAAUUCAACACAGAUUACAUGAUUCAUACCACAGUCAAUUUUUAUAGGUACAGUUUUACAUAACAGGGUUUAUUGAGAAAUGAGUUCCUAGCUUACUAGUGUAUUCCAAAAUGAAAUUUAUCUACUUGAAGUUCAUUUUAUAUGCGAUCUAAUUACACACCUCCUGAUUGAUAUUAUGGAUUGAUAUUAUGCAUUGAUUAUUCAGACAUAACAGACUUAUGCAUGAGGAAAGUUAGUCACAAAUUAAUAAUGAUAAGCACACAUAUUUAUAUUUGUUUUGUUAAACAUGAAUUUCAUUUCAGGUUGACCUUGACUAAUUUCAGAAAUGUUUUAUAGGAUGGGAUAUAAGAUGCAUUUUACCAAACUAUGAGAUUUAUGGGAAAUUAAGUCAGUUAUAUUCCCUUUUGUUGUGGGAGUUCAGUAAAACACAUAAAUUUCAGCCAUGGGAAUAGGGUGAUUUUAUAAAUGGGUACGUGUAUGGAAGAAAAAAAUGUAUGUGUAUGUAUAUGUACACAUGUGCCAGUAUUUGGUCAGUGCCUGUAUGGACUUGGUUUUCUAUAGAAUUAAUUGCAUACUAGAGGAUGGUAGUUUAUUAUUAAAAAGUAUAUUCAUUUAUUUUGUAUAUAUUUAUGUAACAUGCUGCUAGGUGUAUGUGGCUGUCAGAAGAUCAGUGAAUUGGCAAGAGUCAGUGAUCUCACAUGUGGAUCCUGGGAAUUGAACUUGGAUUGUCAGGCUUGGUGGCUGUCACCUUUACCCACUGAGCCAUCUUGCUUGACCUGUAGCUAUUAUUUUUAUUUUUUAUUAACAGUUUCUAUCUUGUACCAUAAUUAAUUAAUGCUUUUUUAUUAUAUGGCUGACUUUGAAUAAAUGAGAUCUAGGGCCAUCCACU